AUGCGGGGCUGCUGCGGGGGGCUCCGCUUCCAGCUCGAGGCCAUCAAGCAGAUCCUCUGCCUCCGCCGCUACAACGCGAAGCUUGACUACCUGCUGGAGGACGCGGAGCGCGACGCCGCCUUCGUGCGGAGCGCGCCCGAGGAGUUCUUCGGAAUCUUCGCCCCCGCGAGCCUGGGCGCGGCCGUGCCGCGCCGCUCCGCGCUGCUGCCUCCGCUGCUACCGGGCGCCGCCCUCGCCGAGCAGCCGCCCGACGGCUGGUCUCGCGUGGAGGGAAACUUCAACCUGUGCGCGGGGCUGAUGGCGACGUGGAUCGACACCACACCCCCCUGGCCCCGGACCACCGCAUGGGCGACGGCGUAA